CGACUGCGAGCUUGUCUGUAUAAAAGGCGUCAACGGCCUUUAGCGGACAGAGUGGAGGUGCCUUUCCCGAGCCAACAAGAUGAAGCUGUUCCUGAUCACCGUGUGCGCCGCGCUUUUGUGCUCCCAGGCGCUGGCCGAGAGAGGUCACUCGGGAAGCGCCGCCUCUCUCGCGGCGACGUCGGGUGUCAGCGCCUCUCACGCUGGUCACCACGGCGUCGGCGGGGUGUCCGUGUCCAGCCACGGGAGUCCUCACGUGGGACUCUCUUCUCCGAUACUGGGCCUUUCCCCGGCAGCCACGCAUGGAAUCGGAGGCUUCCCUGUAGGAAUCUACGGGAAUGGAAACCACCUUGGAGGCGCCUACGGCAACAGUGGCAUUCUUGGCGCUUCCCCUGGGAGCUACCUCUUUGGGAAUGCGCUAGCAGGCCAAGGGGCCUUCGGGGACUCCAAUGUCCUCAGUUACAUCAGUGGUCAAGCGCCCGGAUUUGGCGCAGGUCUUGUGCCCGGCAGCCAAACCCUGGGUUCCUUUGGCCUUGGAACAGCUGGUGUUGGAUUAGGUGGGUAUGCCGCGGGCCUCAAUUACCCCCUUCCCGACACCGGACUGAGCGGCGUGUCUCCCAGCCUCGGCUACCCGACCUACAACACUGGAUUCCCUCUCAGCGCUGGGUACCCCGCCUACAACAAUGGAUUGGGCGCGCUGCCCCUGGGCGUCGGUUACCCGGUGUCCAGCGCAGGGCUUGGCGGGGCCUCCCCUCACCUGGCUGGCUCCGCUCUCGCGUCUGCGGGCAAGUAGGAGCGAGCAGCGACGGAGGCCACUUGUAGGGCGUAGCGCGUCUGCGUGGACGGAGUGUUAAUAAAAUGAACUUCAUUA